UCGUCUCCGUUUUCACAUGAAAGCUAAACUAUAAUCACAAGCCGGAAACAACAUCACAAAACUCUCUCAGUUCCUAAUUUCCAUACUUCCUUGUCCAGAUUGAAUAUUACCUUUUUUAUUUAUUCUCUAAAACACCAACAAAAAAAAUGGCGCUCAUAGAACUAAACGACACCGAAGACCAAGCUCCCAAUCCCCCAAAGCCGUCGUCUUCGAAUAAAACGACAACGGAAUCAGCCGCCAACGACAACAGAACCGCCGACGAUGGCUUCGAGACUGCCAGCGAUGGCGAGCUCGCCGACAGCGACGACGACGACGACGACGAACGACACAAUCACCGAUCACAUCAGCAGCAGCAACAAGUACCGGAGCAACUGCCUGAGAAAUCGGAGCAACAAGAAGAGCAAAUUGUUUCUGAUGAUGAGCUCAAACAGAAAGCUUUAGCACAAGCAAAUGAUGCAAAAUUGGAAGGCAAUAAACUCUACGGAAAUGGUCAGUUUGAGGAGGCAUUAUCACAAUAUGAGCUUGCCUUGUAUCUUGCACCAGAUAUGCCGUCAUCUGUGGAAAUACGUUCUACGUGCCAUUCAAAUCGUGCAAUAUGCUAUUUGAAGCUGGGAAAAUAUGAGGACACAGUCAAAGAAUGCACUAAAGCAUUGGAGCUGAAUCCGUCAUACAUAAAAGCUCUGUUAAGAAGAGCAGAGGCUCGUGAAAAGCUUGAGAAUUUUGAGGAAGCCAUUGCAGAUAUGAAAAAAUCCUUGGAGUUGGAUCCCUUAAAUGACCAAGCUAAGAAAUCAAUUCGUCGCUUGGAGCCACUUGCAGAACAAAAGCGAGAAAAGAUGAAAGAAGAGAUGAUUGGGAAGCUGAAAGAGAUGGGCAACUCUUUGCUGGGCCGCUUUGGAAUGAGCGUUGACAACUUCAAAGCUGUCAAAGAUCCAAACACUGGCUCCUAUUCUGUUUCUUUCCAACGUUAGUCAUGGUGCAGGUGCUCGUUACCAUGACGUCGAGCAGGAAAUGAAGCGGUGACAAGAAUCAUGGAGAGGGGAAGUGUGGCAUUAUCGAUGUGAAGGAGAAUGAUACAAGUAUAAAGUUAUGAAAUUCGUGGAAAUAGUUUUGUUUCAUAAUAGGACACACACUAGGUAGUUUUGUCAUUUCAUGAGAGCUGAAGUUAAUGGAAGCUUUCGCUUGUGAUGUUGAUAUGGCAACUUCUGAGUUUCGUCUUUCUCAAUUGUUGAGCUUUGGUUGAGGAACACUUUGCACUUUGCAGAUCUGUUCUAUCAUUGUUAAAGGCUUCAAGUGUGCCCGUCUUCAGCGGCAUUUCUUAAGCUUCCCAUUUAAUUAAUUUUGAUUAUCUUUGAACUCGUCAAUAACAAACUAUGAACGGUUUCGCUUUCAAAAAAACUA